AGGGGGGGGGGGAUCGAUUUUGGGUGUGAUUCCGCAGGCUGGGGCGAACCUCGCUGUUGGCUGGAUGAUUCCGUCACGACUCGCCAUGGUGGUGAGAGGAACAGGUGCGUGGAAAGUGGGCGAGAUGAGCGUGUGGCCGUCCUACCUGACGAGGAUAGACUGGUUCCACCCGUGAGCAGAAGACCCGCACGGAAACAUGCGGCAACUGGGCUGAAAAAGAAUGCGGAAGUGAAGGAAAGUGAGAAAUCCACGUUGCUCACCAGGGGGACAGCAGUCUGCGUUGGACAGACGUCUGAGGCAUGAACGUGGGAAGAAGCCACCAGCACAGCUUCCUGUCCUGUGAAGAAGAAGGCCUGACACUGACCAGCAUGCCCGCCGUGGGCACUUUCGGGAAUGGAAAGAUCCACACCAGACGCCAAAGACACAGCCGCUUCGUCAGCAAGACGGGGGGGUGCAACAUCCACUUCUCCAACAUGGACGACAAGUCCCAGCGCUACAUAUCUGACUUCUUCACCACGUGCGUGGACAUUCGCUGGCGCUACAUGUUCCUGCUCUUCAGUCUGGUGUUCGUGGUGUCCUGGCUCAUGUUCGGCCUGGCCUUCUGGGUGGUCGGCCUCCUGCACGGCGACAUGGACCGUCCCGCCGGCGACGAGGGCUUCGUGCCGUGCGUCACGCAGGUCAACACCUUUCUGGCCGCUUUCCUCUUCUCCAUCGAGACCCAGACCACCAUUGGCUACGGCUCCCGGUGCGUGACGGAGGAAUGCCCCGUUGCCGUCUUCAUGGUGGUGUUCCAGUCCAUCGUAGGCUGCGUCAUCGACGCCUUCAUGAUCGGCGCCAUCAUGGCCAAGAUGGCGAGGCCUAAGAAGCGGGCGCAGACUCUCCUAUUCAGCCACAAUGCGGUCAUCGCCAUGCGUGACGGCAAGUUGAGCCUCAUGUUUAGGGUGGCCAACCUGAGAAAAAGCCACAUCGUGGAGGCUCACGUCCGGGCCCAGAUGGUGAAGCCUCGUUACACGGAGGAGGGCGAGUACAUCCCUCUGGACCAGAUCGACAUGAACGUCGGCUACGACAGAGGCACUGACCGCCUCUUUCUGGUGGCGCCUCUCACCGUCAUCCACGAGAUCGACGAGGAAAGCCCUCUCUUUGGCAUCAGCAAGCAAGACCUGGAGACGUCCGACUUUGAGAUCGUGAUCAUCCUGGAAGGCCUGGUGGAAGCCACCGCCAUGACCACGCAGGCGCGCAGCUCCUACCUGUCCUCCGAGGUCCUCUGGGGCCACCGCUUUGAGCCCCUCAUCUUUGAGGACAGGGGCCAGUACAGGAUAGAUUACGCCUACUUCCACAAGACCUUCGAGGUGCCGUCCACGCCCAGGUGCAGCGCCAGGGACAUGGAGGGCGGGAAGUUCCCUACCUCGGGCGCCAACUCCUUCUGCUACGAGAACGAGCUGGCCUUCAUCAGCCGCGACGAAGAGGACGAGAAGGAGGCAGACUUUGACGGCGCCGAAGAGAGACAGUGUUCUACGGAGCUGCUGAACGAGCACGCCGCCGGGCGGGAGAUAAAAUCCAACGUAGAGUCAAAGAUCUAAAAUGUACUCCAGCUCCGCGAAAGACUAAAAACUACUCGUAAGAUCCUGGUCAUUAAUAUUGUGCAUGGCUGAUUAGGUUUGGCGUCUAUGCACAUGGACGACCGCAUUGUCUCACGGUCACGGCCCUUGCUGAACACUGGCCCAAAGACUUUGGAUGCACCGAGUGGGUCUGGAUGCACACUUUUGGACAAACAUGUUGGGCUUGUGCGGAGCCCUCGGUCAAAGGAGUUGCGGGUGGAGGACACUGUAAGAGCCGUGACAGUGAGCGAGCCGUUUGCAAGUGGAAACUCACAAGAAGCAUCACGUUGGGGGGUGCAGCUAAACGUUUCAAGCUCCAUAAACAUGCCAUUUAGAGCAAUGCUGCUAGGAUUUACCUCAAGCAGGGUUUUCCCCCGACUACAUGGUGCACCGCAAUAUAAGCCGCACCCACUCAUUUUUAAGAAAAAAAAUAAAAGUGACCAUACAUUAGCCGCACCGGACUAUAAGUCGCAGAUAUAUACGUUGCGAAAUGAGUUAUUUUCACAGAAAUAUUUAGUAAAUGUUUCCAAACGGUGUCUGUAACACGGCAGUAAAAAGGCUGAUCAAACAAAACAGAAGUCCUGGCCAUGGACCCAUUAGUUGCGCAAGCUAGCUCUCCAAUCAGCUAAACAGACUCGAUAACUCGUUUUGGUGAAUUUACCGAGGUAUUUGUGAAACUGAAACAAUACAAAAAGAAUGCCAUUGUAAGGUAAUAAUACUAACACAGACACUCGUAAACCUGUUAGCAUAUUAGCUAACGCUAACGACGACAACUUGAUUACAUUACGACAGCACGUACAAAUAUGCAUGAAAACACUCCUACAGACAUCACACAUGAUUAAGUACGGAUUGUUUUAGUUAUGUUGUAAAACUUACAAACGUUGCUUGGAGUGAUGAAUGAAGAAUCCACACGAGUAGAAAAGCCAUGGGAGUCUAGAAGACAGAACGGCACUUCUACUUCCGGUUCGAAGCUUUAAAGAGCGGGAAUCCACGUUCACCCAGCAGCACCUGCAGUUAGCAAACCCACCCGAAAGAUGGCGCCAUGGCACAAACAAGAACGCACCUUUUAAUUGUUUUGCAUGUGUUUCAUGAAAAAUCCAUAAAGUAGCGGCACCGUUUUAUAAGUCGCAGGGUAAAAAGCGUAGGAAAAAAUAGCAGCUUAUAGUUCGGAAUUUACAGUGGGUUUUUCUCUCUCCUUGAUAUGGUCCCGUUAGGACAGAAUAUCCACCUUACAAUGCUAAAAUCUUUGACUCAUCUAUUUUUUUGACAUAGCAAUGUUUAGAGGCAAAACAGGCUGCACUACUUGGGAGCAGACAGCAGAGGCGCCGUGGAGUCAGCCUCAACUAGUUUGCAGUGUAAAGAAGAAGAACCCUACUUACCUCCACAUAUGUUGUGUUCCAAUUCUCCUGGGAGAUCGGGAGUUACAAGUUCCGAGACGGUAGUAGGGAUGAGUACCGUCCACAUUUGAACUGAUACGGUACCAAUUCCCGGUACCUGGGACUUGAUUUUCUGUACUUUUGUGUGUGUUAGUAAAUAUUAAAUGUUUUUGAUAAUAAAAUCU